AAGACCUGCUGAUUGAUUGCGGGCGCACGCGUGACCAAAUCGUGAAUAAUCGCACAGUUUAUUUAUGACGGAGCAUUUCUGCCAGUCAAUUGUCAUUGACAUAGUGGCUAUGUCUUGGGGCUUCACUCUUAAGUGGAUGAUCUCCUUUUGAUCAAAGAUUUUCUUUCUAGGAUUUGAUCUCACAGGGAGGAUAAGCUUUAGUUAACUAACCAGCACCAAACCAGCAUCAAGAGAUUGAUCGAAUUACUGUUAGGAAAAUGUUACGAAUUCACACGCCACAUUUCAAGAAAAUUAUUCAAAAACAGUUUACCAGCAGUGGUGGAUUAUGGUCCACAUGUCGCUAUCUCCAUGCAGGAAAUAAACUUUUCCAGACUAACAAACCUGAGCCACGAAGAAGUGAAAUAAAGAAAAUCCUGGUUGCCAAUCGAGGCGAGAUAGCGAUCAGAGUCUUUCGUGCCUCUGCUGAGGCUGGUAUUAGGACUGUUGCUAUUUACUCAGAGCAAGAUGCCAAUCUUAUGCACAGACAAAAGGCUGAUGAAGCCUAUCUCAUUGGCAAAGGCAUGCCUCCUGUUGCAGCUUAUUUAAAUAUUCCAGAAAUAAUCAAAAUUGCAAAGGAAACUGAAGCUGAUGCGAUUCAACCAGGGUAUGGAUUUCUCUCAGAGAGAGCCAACUUUGCUGAAGCUUGUGUCAAAAAUGGUAUUAUUUUCAUUGGCCCCUCCCCAUCAAUAGUCAAAAUGAUGGGGGACAAGGUGGAAGCUCGGCAAGUAGCAGUAGAUGCAGGUGUGCCUGUGGUUCCUGGCACAGAAAACCCAAUCAAGACUGCUGAAGAGGCUAAAGCCUUCUGUGAGGAGUAUGGGUUGCCUGUCAUCACCAAGGCAGCAUAUGGUGGAGGUGGGCGUGGCAUGAGGGUGAUCUAUAAAAUGGAAGAUGUGGAGGAGUUCUUUAACUUGGCCAGCAAUGAGGCAUAUGCUGCUUUUGGAGAUGGUUCAAUGUUUAUUGAAAAAUUUGUUGAACAACCAAGACACAUAGAAGUUCAGAUGAUGGGUGAUGCCUACGGAAAUGUGGUGCACCUCUAUGAACGAGACUGCUCAGUGCAGAGACGUCAUCAGAAGAUUAUAGAAAUCGCUCCAGCUCCAGAACUGCCAAGGGAAAUCAGAGACAAAAUGACAAGCGAUGCUGUCAAACUGUGUAAAGCAGUUGGUUAUCAGAAUGCCGGGACGGUGGAAUUCUUGCUGGAUCCACAAGGUAAUCAUUACUUUAUCGAAGUCAACGCCCGUCUUCAAGUGGAGCACACGGUGACGGAAGAAGUUACAGGUGUCGACCUAGUAAGAACCCAAAUCAAUGUGGCAGAAGGAAAAUCCUUGGAGGAAAUUGGACUUCGUCAAGAAGAUAUAAAGGUGACUGGUUCAGCUAUUCAAGCUCGUAUAACAACUGAAGAUCCUGCGAACAACUUCACUCCGGAUACAGGAAGGAUUGAGGUUUUCCGAACAGGCGAUGGAAUGGGAAUUCGGCUGGAUGGAAAUUCUAUGUUUCCCGGGGCAGUGGUUUCUCCUCAUUACGACUCACUUCUAACAAAAGUUAUCAGCAAAGGUUCGACUCACAGAGAAUCUGCAACCAAACUGCUGAGGGCGCUGCGUGAGUUUAGAGUGAGAGGGGUCAAGACCAAUAUUCCUUUCAUCAUCAAUGUUCUUAAAGAAGAAGAGUUUUUAGGAGGAGCUGUCAAGACAGAUUUCAUCCUCCAUAGACCUCACUUGAUCAAAGUGGAAUGGGGUCAAAAUCGAGCCCAAAAAUUGCUCCAGUAUCUUGGAAACGUGAUGGUUAACGGACCGUGCACACCUUUGGCUACUGGUUUGAAACCUUCCAAGGACGCCCCAGAAGCACCCGAGAUCCCCAAAACGUCCAAUUCCGGUUCUUACGGCCACCUGAAACCGAGCGGAUUCCGAGAUAUUUUAUUACAGCAAGGACCAGAAGGUUUUGCCAGCGCUGUUCGAAAGAGCAACAGGCUUCUGCUGACCGAUACCACAUUUAGAGAUGCUCAUCAGUCACUGCUGGCCACUCGAGUGAGGACUCAUGACAUGCUGAAAGUGGCCCCAUUUGUGUCGCAUUACUUUGCCAAUGCCUACAGCUUGGAGAAUUGGGGAGGUGCAACCUUUGAUGUGGCUCUACGCUUUCUGUACGAAUGUCCUUGGGAUCGUCUGGCGCAGCUGCGAGAAGCUGUUCCCAACAUCCCGUUUCAGAUGCUCCUGCGUGGGGCCAAUGCAGUGGGUUACACCAGUUACCCCGACAACGUAGUUUUCAAGUUCUGUGAAAAGGCACACCAGAACGGCAUGGACAUUUUCAGGGUUUUCGAUUCUUUGAACUACCUGCCUAACCUACAGCUUGGUAUUGAAGCAGCUGGUGCAGCUGGCGGAGUGGUUGAGGCUGCCAUAUCUUACACCGGUGAUGUGUCCAAUCCAAUGAAGACAAAGUAUAACAUUGAUUACUACAUGAACCUGGCAACAGAACUGGCACGCUCUGGUGCGCAUGUGCUCUGUAUCAAGGACAUGGCCGGAGUUUUAAAACCAAAUGCUGCUACACUGUUGAUUGGUUCCCUUCGAGCCCAGUUCCCCAAGCUCCCCAUUCACGUGCAUACCCAUGAUACCGCUGGAGCAGGUGUAGCCUCCAUGCUGGCCGCGACGGAGGCUGGAGCCGACGUGGUAGACGUUGCAGUAGACUCCAUGUCUGGCAUGACGUCGCAGCCCAGCAUGGGCGCCAUUGUUGCGGCUUUGGAAAACUCAGAGAAGGAAACAGGCAUUCCACUGGAACGUGUCUACGAGUACAGCGAGUACUGGGAACGAGCGAGGAAUUUGUACGCUCCAUUGGAGAGCACCGUGACCAUGAAGACCGGAAAUGCUGACGUGUACGAAAACGAGAUCCCUGGGGGACAGUAUACCAAUCUUCACUUCCAGGCCGACUCGCUCGGCCUGGCUGAUCAGUUUACCGACGUUAAAAAGAAGUAUGCCCUGGCUAAUGAACUGCUGGGUGAUGUAGUGAAGGUGACUCCAACCUCCAAGGUGGUUGGCGAUUUGGCUCAGUUUAUGGUGCAGAAUAAGUUGGAUGAUCGCGAUGUGCUGGCCAAGGCCGAUGAACUUGACUUCCCUUCGUCAGUGGUGGAGUUCUUGCAAGGUUAUUUGGGACAACCGCAUGGCGGCUUUCCCGAGCCACUUCGAACAAAGGCUUUGAAGGGACGCCCCACCAUCGAGGGCAGGCCAGGAGAAUCUUUGGAGCCACUUGACUUUGAAGCACUGAAAAGCAAACUGCAAGAGGAAUUCGGAGAAAAUGCCAUCCGUGACGAGGACGUACUUAGCGCUGCUCUGUACCCCAAAGUUUUCAAUGAUUACAUGGUGUUCAGGGAGGAGUUUGGUCCAGUUGAUGGUCUUCCCACCAGACUCUUCUUCACUGGCCCUGAAAUCGGAGAAGAAUUCCAAGUAGCGAUCGAGCCUGGAAAAGUUUUGAACAUUAAAGUACUGGCCAUCAGUGACUUGCACCCGAAUGGACAAAGAGAAGUCUUCUGUGAGAUGAACGGACAACUGAGGACAGUUUUGGUGGAGGACAAGUCUGUAACCAAGACACUUGAGCGACAUCCGAAGGCCGACAAGUCCGUCAAAGGAUCCGUCGGAGCCCCCAUGCCGGGAAAAGUUGUCGGCAUCCGAGCGAAAGAGAACGAGGUGGUGAAGAAGGGAACCCCUCUAGUUGUGCUCAGCGCCAUGAAGAUGGAGACCAACGUGACUGCUCCCAUCGACGGAACGGUGACGAAGAUUUCCGUCAAAUUGAACCAGAACUUAGAUGCGGGCGAUCUUUUGGUGGAUAUUGAGCCUCUGACUUAAACCGGUCGGGAACUGAUCAUAGUCGCUCGGUGCACCUUCGGAUAACUUCGGGAAGUUAUGGAAGUGUCGGUGGACAAGCACUUCCGUGCCAUGCGGUUAAACAUUUUCAAUAGUCAAAUGUUCAAAUGUGUAUUAGUAUUUAAACAGUAGGGAAUUUUAAUGUUUAAAAAGUUGAAUGAUGGAAAGCACUUCUCAGAAAAAUCUGUCGUCAGAAAUGGGUAGCGUAUGGAGGUCCCUAACCCUUUAACUUCCAAGAUCUAAUGAGUUAAUCUCCUAACUGAUUACCACACAUUUCCUUGCAAAGUAAACAAGAGAAUUUGGUGUUAUGUCACGAAGACACCCCGGCGCUAGCUGAUUACCACGUCUGAUCCCAUAACCUGUUUUGCAGGACAACCUGUCGGAAUCACAGCUGGAAGUUGAAUGUUGAUCACUCACAGGAGUUAAAUGGUUAAAACAUAAUCUGAUUUAACUAAUUUUAGAUUUGCAAUUGCUGUUUAUUGGUUUGUGGUUUUGUCAUGUUAUGUUUUUGGUGGCUACUACCGCUGUCUUCGUUUUCGAUACGUUAACAUAUCGUUCUCAAUCCUCUAAAGUUUUUUUUUAAUUUAUCAUAUUUAGAGUUCUUCUUGGGUUCCCAAAAUAAAAAUGAUCACGGUUGAAUUCAGUUACCCCCAAAAAACUUAACUGUAAGACGAACACAGGAGGAUUAUGACGUCAAAUUAAGGAAUUAGAUAUUUAAUCAAGCUCUUGGCUUAAAGAACAAUCCAAAGAUGAUGUUCACCCAGAGAAAUGUCAUUAUUUGCUAAAAGGAGAGUAAAUAUAUCUAUGAACUAAUUUAUAAUUUGCAAUCUACGAGGGUUAAAUUAUAUCACGCCAUCUUUGGAAACACACCGAUUUCAGAUUAGAAUUGAGUACGAUUUUCAGGCUGAGACACGUUGGGACGAUCAAGGAAUAAACUAGAUACAAUUAUUUUUUACCAGGCAGAAAGAGUGUAACAUUUUAAAUUAAGCUUCAUUUGGUAAAUUUGAUAAAU